CCACUUAAUCCUUCAAGCAAACAUAAUUUUGACGUAAAUUGGGGAUACAAUUUUUAGAAACUUGUACUGUUUCGUUUGUCGUCGUUUCUCAGCCUCACGCACACAGAACAAGUAAGAGAGAUGAUGAAUAGACUUACAGACGACCUCGUGACCGACAUUCUCUCGAGGCUGGUCAUCAAAACCCUCAUGCGAUGCAGGUGCGUAUGCAAACUCUGGCGCAAUUUAGCACGCGACCCUCGAUUCAUUCACUCCCACCUCAACAAUCGAUCCUCCCAGCGAAGCCCUAGUUUCAUUCUCAGCACUACCAUCUGGUUCGAUUCCGCCUUCCGCAGCCAAAUAUACUUUCUAGAACACGACGAAACCCUGGGUUACAGUUGUGAAGAGGUCAGUUUUUCAGUACCCGAUCUCAAAGAGUUCCGAUUAAUCAGUUCAUGUAAUGGUCUCUUCUGUUUAGUUCAUCGCAUGUGCAGAAAUAUAAUUUAUGUAUGCAAUCCUUUCACUAGAUGUUGCACUAAACUUCCUAAUCGGAUUAACCCAUCACAGAAUAUUCUGGGAACGAUAAUGGGUUUUGGAUUUAACCCAAAAAGAAACGAAUAUAAGGUAGUAGAGGUUGUUCAUUGCUCUGGAUCUGCCAUGGCUUCUGAAUUUCAUUCUCGGGUUUAUGUACACACUUUAGGUGAUGGGUCUUGGAGAGGUAAAGGGUAUGUUCCUUGUUUAAUCCCUCGGGAACCUGCUUCUUCGGAAGCAUUUGUGUGUGGAGCUCUUCAUUGGCUAUGUUUAUCCCCUGCCAAGCAAAUUGCUUUUUUUGAUAUUACAAAUGAAGCAUUUGGAUUCAUACCGUUUCCUGAAAUUGCAGUAGGUGGUGGUGGAGGUAGUUUAUCAUUGGCAUUAAUGGAUGGAUGUCUUUCUAUCACGGGCUCUGCAUUUCAUGACCAUAUUGAUUUGUGGAUUAUGAAGGAUUAUGGUGUUAAGGAGUCUUGGGUUAAAUCUUUCUCCAUAUGUUUUAAUCAGGUUAUGUGGAACAAUUUUCAAACUCCGUGCAUUCAGGGAAAUGGAGAACUUUUGAUGCUGUAUAAGAAUCAAGCUUUGUUUUCUUAUAGUCCCCGGACUAUGACAUUGAGGAAGCUUAGAAUUGCAGGGCUUCCAUCUUGGUUUGAAAUGGUUAACCAUGUAGGGAGCCUUGUUUCUGUUUCGGGCCGUUAAAGAAACAAAAGAGAAUAUUGAGAGCUCGAGGUGAAUGGAGCUGGAAUGUUGAAUGAAGAUGCAAGGAAAUUGAGGCCAAUCACAAGGAUUAUUGUUGUGUUCUCCUUGAAGAAGACGUGUGGUUGGAGUGUCGCAUAGUUUAUGAUCUUUUGAGUUAGGGGUGAAGUAGCCAAGGUUUAUAGGGUUGCUUCGGGUUCAUUUCCCAUCAACUGCUGUAGUGCGGCAUCAGAGACCUGAGUUUGUAAACCUUUCUUUGAACUUAUUCGUGCUUUUGUUUUCUAAUCUUACCUUACUGAAAGUAGAAAAUAUGGUAUUUCUAUUUGAUAUAUAUAUAUAUAUAUAUAUAUAGGUGUGUGUUUCUGUGUGUGUGUUAGAAUCAAACUGAAGGCAGUAGUAAUAGCUGUGCUUUGUAGUUCUUACUGCAGGUAGGUGGUCCAUUACAAAGUUUUACUCGUAUGAAUUAUUGUUUAGCCUAAGCACACUCGAUUGUCAUUUAUCUAUAAUUAGCAUCCAAGUAUAAACUUAUUUGGCUCUUUAUGAAUUGUUUCAGUUUAUGCUUCCAGGUUGGAAACAUGAACUUGAAACAAAUUCAAUUUCGCAUUAUUAUGAAUGUUGGAUGCCAAUUACCAGGGGCCGAAAAGAAAGAAGAUGAAUUUGUAGGGUAAUUGUUAAUUGCUUGUUUCAAAGCACUCUAACUAAUCUUUUCGUUCUUUUUGCUGGACUACAAAACACUAAUUAUCCAGCUGACUUGUAAUUUUAGUCGGCUUUUUUCAUUUACUUGAAAUUAGUGGAAUAAGACACAACAAAAUAAUUCACUUCUAUUUUUCCAAAUAUAGCUCAUUUCUCCAUUGUUUUAAUUUAAUACACUCAUUGAUUUAUGAAAUACUCUUUAUUUACAAAUAUCCUUCUUAUUACAUCUACUUUAUGAAUCUCUAUUUUUAAAAACAAAUUAAACUAUAAUUUAUUUUCAUUCUAUUAGUUCGAAUCCAUUAGCAUUCCUUUCUAUUCUCAUAGAACCACGGAUGUCGAGCUAUUUUUCUGCUGGACCUCCCCUACAGUAUCGUGACCGCAGUAGACAAAUUCAUCUUCUUUCUUUUUGGCCCCUGGUAAUUGGCAUGCUUCAUUGUUUAUUUUGCCUUUUUCAAAUCACUCUUCACUAAUCUUUUAUUUCCUUUUGCUGGAAUACAAAACACUAAAUUAUCCAUCCGACUUGUAAUUUUAGUUGGCUUUCCCUAUUACUUGAACAGUGGAAUAAGACACCACAAAUAAUUUUUUUACUUCUGUUUUUCCAUCUUUGGCAAAUUGAAAUUUGUAAACGUUUACUGGAAUACUUGGUCAUUUUUUCUUUUGUCUAGUUGAUUGCAAGUGAGGCAGGAAAUAGUUCUUGAAUAGUUUCAGAUUUAAAUGCCCAACUGUACUAAAUUUUGGUCGUGAAUUUUGAACUUGUUGAUCAUUUGGUCCCAAACUACUGUAGGUUGUUAGCUGUACUUCAUUACACCACUAGAGGAAUGGACUUACAGUGCUCUUCUUCCUAGAUUAUGUUCUCUGUCCAUAAUUUUCCUUUACUGCUUGGGAAGUUAUCAUGAACUAAUAAGAGAAUGUAACAGUUUGAACGAAAGAUGCUAAUAUUAUACUCAACUUUUAUUGUUCCUUCUGUUGCGGAUUAUUUAGCUUUAAGAAAGUUCUGGCUUGUCUCUGAACAUCUGCAAUUCACGUUAUUCUGCAUUUUUGGACCAAGUUGAUGGCAAUGAGCUUUGGAAGAUCAAGUAAAUUUCAUCAUCAGAAUAUUACAGACGCACCGAUCUUGGCCUUCCACAUUUUUUGAUUGGAUUGUUACAGGGGGAAGACGUUGCAGUAUUAAGUGUUAUUCUCCAACUUGUACCAGUGAAAACACAUUAAGGCAGCAUUGAGCUCAAUGCUUCUGAAUAAGUACAGUAUAGUUGAAGAAUUUUAGUUGUGGCAGAAAAUCUGUGCAUAUAAGCCUCCUCACCAGAUGGUAGAGUACGAAAACAGUUCGAUUGAAGGAACACUACAUUGCUGAAUGUUAUCUCAUAGUAAUUUAACAUACAUAUUGGGCGGGCCAGCUGAGGUUGGUUGGACUGAAGUAUAUUAUGGUUCCCAUAUCUGAGGAGCUAGAGGUGGUUGUGAAGUAGCUGAAGAAUCAGAGCUUAUGUUAGGUGAUGGAGCACAUCCUUCUUGACGUGUUGGUUUGUUUAGAGUAUGCCCAGGUGUGUAUUUCUACAUAUAUAUAUCUACACACACACACACACACAGUAGUGUUGUCUUGCACCACGGGGAGCAAGAAAAUUCAUCCACACUUUCUAAAUUUUAAUUUUCUCUUUACUUUUAUUGUUAUUUUAUUAGCCCCACACAAAUUAGGGUUUUCGAGUUUCCAACAACUAAACCCUAUACACACGAAUUCAAUAGAGAUAGAUAGGAUGGAUAAAGUUGAAGAUGACAACAUUGUCAUCCACAUACUCACAAGACUGCCAGUCAGGUCCCUCAUGCGAUGCAGUUGUGUAUGCAAACGCUGGCACAACUUAGCACGUGACCGUCAAUUCAUUCAGUGUCAUCUCAAUCGAUCAGCCCAAGAAAAUUCUAGUCUCAUUCUCCAGGGUACCUGUGGGAAUAAUCUACCUCAAUGAACACAACCAAGCACAUGAUUACACUUGUACAAAGACUCCACGACCUGAUCAACCCGAAAUUCGAAGCAUGGAAUACUCGCAUUGAAGUUGGAUUUUACUCUGAAAGUAACGAAUGCAAGGUAGUUGUGAUGUGUACAUGCGAUAACUAUACGCAGCCGGAGGUUUUUGUGCACACUGUGGGUACAGAUGGGUGUUGGAGAGGUAUGGGGUAUGUCCCUUGUGUAAUUAAAUCGCAAUUGUGUAAUACAUAUUGUUCGUAUAUGGUAGUAUUCGUGUAUUGAUCUCUUCACUGGAUUUGUUCAUCCCCUCUAAACCAUAUUGUCAGCUCCAAUAUUGCAAAUAAAGUAUUUGAAGUCAUACCACCCCCUGAAGAAAUUCUCACUGCAGGUGGUUGUGUAUAUAGUUUCUUCUUGGCCUAGUUAAAAGGAUGCAUUUCCGACAUAGACCACUCCUUUUUUGACCGGGUCGUGUUAUGGAUCAUGAAGGAUUAUGGGGUUAAGGAGUCUUGGACUAAUUUUUCUUCCAGUAAAUUUUAUGCAGAUCGGCCGGAUAAUGGGCAAUUUUGAUAAGACUUAUCUGAGGCUUGAUUCAAGAAUCAGCAAGGUUAAGGUUCUAUGACAUCAGAAAAAGGGCGAACUUUUGAUGUUAGAUAAUCAUACGCUUUUGCAGUCUUAUAAUCCACAAACCAUGGCAUUGAGGAAACUUAGCAUUGAAACCGGGCUUCCAUCUUGGUCUGAAGCACUCACUCAUGUGGGGAGUCUUGUUUCAUUUUCAGGCUGUUCUAAGGACAUGAAGUAUAUUAGCGGUGCGUUAUACUCCCUCCGUCCCAUAAAAAGUGUUACUCUUAGAAAAUCGUGACUCACAAAUUGAACUGUCAUUGUUUCCGAAACACGACACUUUUUUUGGGACGGAGCUAGUAGUUGUUACGGUAGGUAAGCUAUUUGUUUCAAAUUUCUACUGAUCAUAUCCUAUAAUAUGUUGGUAUUGUAACUAUUGUUUAACCUGAGCACAAUUGGUUGACAUUGAUCUACAGUUUUACUUGAUUUAUGUAUGUGCUUUGAUUCUAGUUCAAUGUUUUUUUACUGAUA